AUGGCGGAUUUCUUUGUUCGUAACUCUGAGGCAGAAAGAAGGAUUUCCUUUUUCGCACAGUCAUUGUCAACCUCUCUGCCUGAGCCCAUUCCUGUCGAAGCCAUGCCGACUUUCACCGUAUUGAUUCCACACUACGGUGAGAAGAUUCUUCUAACUCUCAAAGAAAUCAUUAAGGAAGAUCCUCUUUCAAAAAUGUCCCUUCUUGAAUAUUUGAAGCAAAUGUUCCCUCAUGAAUGGAGAUAUUUUGUUAGGGACACGAAGAUUCUCUCCUGUAAUGAAGAUCCCGAACAGGACUACAAUUUUGAAUCCGAAAAAGACUACAUCGAGAAUAAGAUCAACGAUAUGCCCUACUAUUGUGUUGGUUUCAAGUCUGAGAGUCCGGAAUACCUGCUUAGAACCAGGAUAUGGGCAUCGUUGAGAAGCCAGACUCUCUACCGAACUGUUUCUGGAUUCAUGAAUUACAAGAAGGCCAUCAAAUUGAUGCACCGUGUGGAAAACCCAGAAAUGAUCGAAUAUUUUGGUGGAUCGGAUAACUCUGAAGAGUAUCUCAAUGUCAUCGCUGCAAGAAAGUUUAGGCUGUUAGUUUCCAUGCAACGUCUUCAGAAGUUCUCUGCUUCAGAACGUGAAGAUUUACAGGUUCUGUUGAGGUCCUUUCCGGAGAUAAAAAUUUCUUGCUUGGAGUCUGAGGAGGAUCCUGAGCACGGGAGUGUUAAGUACUUUACUGUACUAUAUGAAGCUACCAAUGAUACCGAUGGAAAUCGACUAAGGCAGGUCUACAGAAUUGAGCUUUCCGGAGAUCCAAUUCUUGGAGAUGGUAAAUCGGAUAAUCAAAACAAUUCAAUUGUCUUUUAUCGCGGAGAGUAUAUUCAAGUCAUUGAUGCCAACCAGGAUAACUAUCUUGAGGAGUGUUUGAAAAUAAGAUCUGUUUUAGGUGAAUUCGAGGAUUUUGAAGUGGAUGAGAUAAGUCCUUAUGUUCACUCAGUGGCAAACAACUCGAAGGGGCCAGUUGCCAUUUUAGGUGCCAGAGAAUAUAUCUUUUCAGAGCACACAGGUGUUCUUGGUGAUGUGGCUGCCUCCAAGGAACAGACUUUUGGUACCAUGUUUGCGCGCACUCUUGCCGAGAUUGGAGCCAAGUUGCACUAUGGACAUCCAGAUUUCAUCAAUGCUAUUUUCAUGACUACAAGAGGUGGUAUCUCCAAAGCACAGAAAGGACUUCAUUUGAAUGAAGAUAUAUAUGCAGGAAUAACAGCUGUGUGUCGCGGUGGAAGAAUUAAACACUGCGAUUACUUUCAGUGUGGUAAGGGAAGAGAUCUUGGAUUUGGAUCGAUCUUGAAUUUUACCACCAAGAUUGGUAGUGGUAUGGGUGAGCAAAUGUUGUCAAGAGAGUAUUAUUAUCUUGGCACACAAAUGCCUUUGGAUAGGUUUCUUUCUUUUUAUUAUGCUCAUCCAGGUUUCCAUCUAAACAAUCUUUUUAUCAUGCUUUCUUUGGAGUUAUUCAUGCUUGUUGCAUUCAGCCUUGGAUCUAUGAAACACGAAUUGAUUAUGUGCCUGUACAACAAGAAUGUUCCUAUAACAGACUUGCAAAUUCCCGUUGGUUGUCAGAACAUGCAGCCUGUUUUAGAUUGGGUUACGAGAUACGUGCUUUCAAUCUUUAUCUGCUUCUUUAUAUCGUUUCUUCCGUUGGUGUUGCAUGAAAUCUCAGAAAGAGGCCUCUGGAAAGCCUGCGGACGUUUGUUUCUGCACAUUUGCUCUCUUUCACCUUUAUUUGAAGUAUUUGUAUGCCAGAUUUAUGCCACGUCUUUGAAGAAUGACAUUGUUGUGGGGGGUGCUAGGUACCUUUCCACGGGAAGAGGUUUCUCGAUCACUAGAGUCCCUUUCACAAGGUUAUAUUUAUCAUACGCACCCUCGUGUCUUUAUUCUGGAAUGAGGUUGUUUUUAGUGUUACUCUUCUCAGUAGUCACUAUGUGGCAGCCGGCUAUUCUCUGGUUCUGGAUUACUUUUGCUUCUCUUUGCUUUUCACCGUUCAUCUUCAAUCCCCAUAUGUUUUCAUGGACAGAGUUUUUUCUUGAUUACAGAGAAUUCAUAAGAUGGUUGAGUAGAACAGAUGCUAAGAGUGUUGAGAGUUCAUGGAUUGGCUAUAUUCGUGUAACACGAUCAAGAAUCACCGGUCUGAAGAAGUAUAGAAAGGGCACCGGUACCGGUCAGUUAGCCACAGCCAACUUCUCCAAGCCUCCUUUCAUAAACGUGUUCCUGGCGGAUGUGAUGAUCCCUUUCUUUCAGGCCGCUUUUAUUACGUCUGCAUAUAUGUUCAUAAAUGCGCAGAACGGAGUUCAGGAUUCAGUGGAAGCCAACUCACUAAUUCGUCUUCUUAUAAUCACAUUCGCUCCCUUUACAUUGAAUGCUGUUGUUUUACUAUGUGUUUUUCCAAUGUCAUGUGUUGCUGGACCUAUUUUAGGGCUUUGUUGCAGGAGGGUUCCCGCUGCACUAGCCGGCAUGACGCAUACUGUAGGCAUAUUCAUACAAAUAGUGCUUUUUCAAGUGAUUUGGAUCUUGGAAGGUUGGAACGUUGCAAGAUCAUUGGCUUGUUUUACCACAUCCAUCUUUCUACAAAGAUUUAUAAUUCAGACUGGGAAAAUCCUUUUUUUAAGUCGAGAACUGCGGGAGGAUUACGGAAAUAGAGCAUGGUGGUCUGGUAAAUGGAUUACGAAGGGAAUCAGCUGGAGAUACGUGAUUACACAACCAUUAAGAGAGCUUGUAGUGAAGACAUCCGAAUUGAGUCUUUUUGCAGCUGACUUCGCAAUCGGCCAUCUGAUCCUAUUCUGUUUGACACCAAUGUUAUUUGUUCCAUACAUUGAUCACUGGCACUCAUGUCUGUUACUGUGGAUUAGUCCAUCCAAAAGGUUGAGAGGCCCAAUUCAUACUACGUCCCAAAGAAGGAUUCGGAGACGCAGAGCUCAGAAGUACUUUGUGCUCUAUUUGAUAGUAAUGCUAUUGUUUGUGUUCCUCGUUGCUGCUCCCAUCAUUGUGGGUCUAAAGUAUGGGGAUUUUUUAAAUACAUUCAUUCCCGAGGAAAACUUCGGAUUAUUUCAGAUCAACCACCAAAAUAAUAAUGAUACAGGAGAGGCAGCUCCUGCUACUAUUCUACGUGCUAAACCUGCUGCACCAACGUUCAGUUCAUAUUGGAUUUAA